AGUCUCGCCUCAGAUCUCAUUCUCACAUUCCAAAGUUCUGUCAAGGAAGUCAUUUAGAGGUCAUUCAUAAAAGCUAUGGCUUUAUCUAAAAUGGAUAUUCCCCGCACAGCCCAGCACUUUUUGGAGUGUGCCAUUGAAGAAUGUGAAAGAAAUUGUGAGUUCUAUUGCAACCCUUGUCACAUAAGGUUGUGUAAACAAUGCAAAGAUGAACAUCUGAGAAGUCCAGAAAACAAGAACCAUGAGGUAGUCCUUUACCAGCAACGUAAACGACAACUUCCUGUGGAGAAAUGCAAGAUCCAUCCCACUAAAGAUAUGGAUAUGCUCUGUGAAGAAUGCCAAGUUCCAGUAUGUUCCAAAUGUGCUACACAAGGAGACCAUCACGGGCAUAUUUUCACUGAUUUAGAAAAAAAAUAUGCAGAUAAAUCUGCAAUCUUUCAAGAGGAAAUCUCAAAAAUCCAGGAAUAUUUUCUUCCCAUUUCACAAAAUUUACUGAAAGAAAUUAAAGAAGAUUCCUCAAAAAUCAAACACAUCAUGGACAACAUCAGAAUAUCCAUGAAGACUGAAGGUGAAUCCCUGAAAAGUCUGGUGGACACAGUCGUAUCUGAGAACUUGAAGCAGUUAGACCAGAUAGAGCAUUCACUGUUAGAAGAUCUAAAAACCCAAGACAAGACUAUGGAUGAUUACAUCACUUAUCUUAAUGACCUUGUCAAAGAGCUCCACAUAUGCCUGUCCUCUAAAGAACCCCAGAAAUUAAUGUCUAAGAAGAAGCCAAAGAUCCAAUCCAUACCAGAGACAACAAAACCAGUCACACCAAGUUUUACUGCUGGCCAAUACAGCAAAAUUGAUAUCACUCAGUUACUUUGUAAAAUACAUGUCCCCAACACUAAAGCAGAAAACAGAGAAAUAAGGUCCAUUGAAAGUUUCUACAAUACAGAUACAGCAAUGAAACUUACAAAUCAACAGAUGAAAGAAGAAAGAACGAAAUCUGACAAGAAACAAACAUUGUCUCUAACUGCCUCUGUCACCAAGGUCAGGAAGCUCAAAGUACCACCAGGUGUUCAUGGAGUAUACCACAUAUCACAACAUCAAUCAAACAGACUCUGGAUCAGUGACUUGGAUGGUAAUCUUGUCCAAACAGAUCUACACAUGAAUGUGAUACAGAAGAUAAAAACCAAUGGUAAAUGGGAAGGUUUCCACACAGUGACACAGGACGGGGAUCUGAUCUUUACAGACAAAAACAAGAAAGUCAUCAUUAAGAAAACACAUGAUAAUUAUAUCACUGAAUUCAUGAAAACCGGAGACUGGAAACCAUUCAGCAUACACUCCUCCCACAUCAACGGGGACUUACUGGUAGGGAUGGCUAGAGAGGCUAAAGGACUGUUACGGUUGAUGAAGACUACAGAGGAAAGUAAAGUGACCAGGUACAACACGACAGGAAAAGAACUACAGAACAUACAGAGGGAUAACAAAGGACAGGAACUGUAUAUAACACCAUACUACAUCACAGAAAACAUUAAUGGAGAUAUCUGCACAUCAGACCAUAGUAAUGGAGUGGUGGUGGUGAAUAAAUCAGGACAACACAGGUUCUCCUACAGAGAUCAGAAGUCAGAGUUUAAGCCCUAUGGAAUCUGUACUGAUGUCCUCGGACACAUCCUGGUGUGUUAUGGUGUCAGUGUUCAACUCCUUGAUCAGGACGGUCAGUUCUUGUCUCUAUUACUCACACAACAACAAGGGGUAGAGUGUCCCCGUGGUGUGUGUGUGGAUGAUGAGAACAAUCUCUAUGUCGGACAACGAGACAUCAUCAUACUGACAGUGUACAACUAUCUCCAGUGAUUCUUAUUUUGGCAUAAACACACUGCAUGGCAAAUUAAAAUGUGCACUUACUCAUUAUUUUUGUUAUUUAUAUUCAAAUUCAUUACUGUUCAUC